AUGCGGUUCACGGCGUCUCCGGUGGUGGAGCUGCCGGUGGGCGGCGCGGUGCUGAGCUUCGAGCAGGACAACGACUCCUUCGAGGUGGGCACCUCGGUCUGGAACUCCUCCCUGGUCCUCGUCAAGUUCGCCGAGCGCUGCCUCGGCGACGCGGCUCUGCCCUUCGCCGACGCGCUCCGCUUCGCGGGUGCCCGCGCCAUCGAGCUCGGCGCCGGAUGCGGGCCCGCCGGCAUGGGGCUCUCCCGCCUCGGCCUCGCCGACCUCGUGCUCACCGACACCGCCGCCGUCCUCCCGGCGCUCCGCCGGAACCUCCGCCGCAACCGCCGCCACCUCCCGCGCGCGCCCCGCCUCGCGCAGCUCCACUGGAACUGCCCCGCGCACCUCUCCCAGCUCGCCGCCCCGCGCCGCUACGACCUCGUCGUCGCCGCCGACGUCGUCUACGUCCAGGAGUCCGUGCCCCACCUCGUCGCCGCCAUGGACGCGCUCGCCGACGCCGAGCGCGGCGUGGUGCUCCUCGGGUACCAGAUCCGGUCCCCCGAGGCGCACCAGGCGUUCUGGGACGCCGUUCCCGCCGCCUUCCCCGUGAUCGAGAAGGUGUCCCGGGAGCACCUCGACCCGGAGUACGCCUUCGAGGAGUCCGAUGUGUUCAUACUCCGCAGGAGGCCGCGGCAGUGA